CCAAACAAAUCCAGGCCUCACACCCCCUUUUCUAUCUCUCAACCAAACUCUGCAGCGCAUUUCCCACUUCUCUCCUCUUCGCCGUCUCUCCUGCUUGUCAACAGCGGAUUCCCAGCUCGCUGUAGCUCCAACACCGCGGUCGCGGAGCCCACUUCUUUGCUGCUUAUCUCAAGGGUAAUUUUGCAAUAUGGCCGGAGAGGGUGAGGAUGUGCAGCCUUUGGUGUGCGACAAUGGAUCCGGAAUGGUCAAGGCCGGUUUCGCGGGAGACGAUGCUCCCCGCGCUGUGUUUCCCAGCAUCGUCGGACGGCCAAGGCACACUGGUGUGAUGGUGGGCAUGGGACAGAAGGACGCGUAUGUGGGCGACGAGGCCCAGUCGAAGCGGGGCAUCCUGACCCUGAAGUACCCCAUCGAGCACGGGGUGGUGACGAACUGGGACGACAUGGAGAAGAUCUGGCACCACACGUUCUACAACGAGCUGCGCGUGGCGCCGGAGGAGCACCCGGUGCUGCUGACGGAGGCGCCGCUGAACCCGAAGGCGAACAGGGAGAAGAUGACCCAGAUCAUGUUCGAGACGUUCAACGUGCCGGCGAUGUAUGUGGCGAUCCAGGCAGUGCUGUCGCUGUACGCGAGUGGGCGAACGACGGGUAUCGUGCUGGACAGCGGAGACGGCGUGACGCACACAGUGCCGAUCUACGAGGGGUACGCGCUGCCGCAUGCGAUCCUGCGGUUGGACUUGGCGGGGCGGGACUUGACGGACGCACUGAUGAAGAUACUGACGGAGCGCGGGUACUCGUUCACGACGACGGCGGAGAGGGAGAUCGUUCGGGACAUGAAGGAGAAGCUGGCGUACGUGGCGAUCGACUUCGAGCAGGAGCUGGACACGGCUCGGAGCAGCUCGUCGCUGGAGAAGAGCUACGAGCUGCCGGAUGGGCAGGUGAUAACGAUCGGGGCGGAGCGAUUCAGGUGCGCGGAGGUGCUGUUCAACCCGUCGCUGAUCGGGAUGGAAGCGGCAGGGAUCCACGAGACGACGUACAACUCGAUCAUGAAGUGCGACGUGGAUAUCAGGAAGGAUCUGUAUGGGAACAUAGUGCUGUCGGGAGGGUCGACGAUGUUCCCGGGCAUCGCGGAUCGGAUGAGCAAGGAGAUCACGGCACUGGCACCGUCGAGCAUGAAGAUCAAAGUGGUGGCACCCCCGGAGAGGAAGUACAGUGUGUGGAUCGGAGGGUCCAUUCUCGCAUCCCUCAGCACGUUCCAACAGAUGUGGAUUGCGAAAAGCGAGUACGAUGAAUCUGGUCCAUCAAUCGUUCACAGGAAGUGUUUCUAGAUUGUCCAUGUGCACAGUCUACCUUCUUCAGCAUACAAUUAUACCUCUCGCAGUCUGCUACUCUCAGACUGGUUACUUUAAAAAAAAAAAUCUUUUUAUCGUAGCUAAUUAGUUGGAAGAGACUGAUGGUAUGUUAACUGCAGCAUUUUUCUAGAGAUUGCUGGACUGGAUGAUACUACUGUAGGCAUUUCCUUGAAGUUGAUCCCGCCUUCUCAAAGUUCGCAGCAGCAGUGAGAUUCAUGCUCUGUAGCUUGUCCACAUUAGAUUCUCGCACAGCCAAUGUUUUUGUGGAUGUAGCAUCCGCCAUGGCGCAAGUAUGGCGUUAAUAUUCAUCUGUGAAGGGCCGGGUAGAAUGUUGGACUCGGUUAUGCUUGUAGACCAUAUUGCACUGCUGGUUGUGUCCCAACACUUCAGCCUGACCUGUAAUAUUUGUAUAUUUGUGACAAGAAAAGGCAAUCACAUUUUCUUUUAGUGGUUUUGUUGCA